AUGAAUGUUCCAGUAAAGCCAAUCGACAGCUGGUCAAGAGGACUCAGAUUGCCUCGGAAACAGCGUCAGCAUGAAUCUUCCAGUAAAGCCAAUCGACAGCUGGUCAAGAGGAAUCUGCGAUUGCCUCGGAAACAGCGUCAGCAUGAAUCUUCCAGUAAAGCCAAUCGACAGCUGGUCAAGAGGAAUCCACCGUUGCCUCGGAAACAGCGUCAGCAUGAAUCUUCCAGUAAAGCCAAUCGACAGCUGGUCAAGAGGAAUCCGCAGUCCAAUCGACAGCUGGUCAAGAGGAAUUCGCCAUCGUCUUCUGGUGGAACCGACCUUCGAAUCUCUUCACCAAACACUUCUACUCGAAAUGGAAAUAAGCCCAACAAUUAUGAACCAAGAGAUUCCUCGAAACCCCACUUUUUUUCUUAUACAUUUAUCAUCACUCAUUGA